UUAAAUUGUGUUGUUUAAGUGUUCCCUUUAUUUUUUUGAGCAGUGUAUGUCUAAUGUAGGCUAUCGGUGAUUUUAUCUGUUUGAAAUCAAGUCUGUGUACCUGGCAAGUUUCCAUGGUCGUAAAUGCUCCAUAUUCCACUAAUAUGUGGUCAUUUCAGCACCACGGGGUUGGACAGCGGUGGUUUGCAAAUAAUCUGUAUUUCAAUCAGUGAGCCUGCAGUUUUCUAAAGUAGCAGUUUCACUCAACCUUGUUUGUUCACAUCUCAAUGACAUAUUGGUUUUCAUUUAUCAUUAAUACAUUGGCCUGUUUGUGUUGUUAGCAUAGUUGUACUGUGUUUUAUAGUUUGGAGACUCAAACUUUCUCAAGUGUGUUCGAAUAUUUUUUUUUUCAUUAUAUCUGUAGUUCAGUGGGUUGAACUCAUAGGGACGCUGUUGGUUAGUGUGUUGCAGCUUCAUAGCAAAUGUGUCGCAGUACUUCCCCCAUCAUCUCGAUAUAUUAGACAGAGACAGAGCGGCACACAGAGCGCACAGUCCGGUUUACAGAGAACACUAAUACCAAGAUACAGAGCUGCCAUUAUCUUGUUCCAAAAUGGUUUAUUGUUGAGUCGUUUACCUUUGAUGUUUUGAACUAGAAACGAAUGCAAUAUUACUGACUUCUUUACGGAUUUAUAACCUGCUUGUUGUUUCAUGGUGAAGGGAAAUGUCGGACAGAACAAUGACACGGCAAGUACUGUGGUUUAUCUCAGUUCUCUCUCUCAGUUCAGUGCACGGGCAGGUCAGUUACUCCAUUCCGGAGGAAAUGGCGACAGGCUCUUUAAUCGGUAACAUAGCGCAGGAUUUGGGUUUAGAUAUCAAAAGACUGAAAUCAGGUAAAGCUCGUAUUUAUACUGGAGACAGCGCAGAAUACAUCGAGUUGAAUAAAGAAAGGGGAGUUCUCCUUAUCAGAGAGAGAAUAGACCGUGAAGCUCUCUGCAGACAGACGACGCCUUGCGCACUGCAUUUUCAAAUUAUUUUAGAAAAUCCCAUGGAAUUCUUUCGAGUAACUGUUGAGAUUACAGAUGUAAACGAUAAUUCUCCUAGUUUUAAAAAGAACGAGAGACGUUUUGAAAUUAGUGAAACCGCUGUUACUGGCUCUACGUUUAUGCUGGAGAGGGCGAUGGAUCCUGACGUUGACGUUAACGGUCUCCAGACCUACAUCCUUAAACCCACUGCUAAUUUUCAGUUAAAACUAAAAAAUCAACCUGACGGGAGUAAAAAAGUAGAGAUGGUUUUACAGAAACCUUUAGAUCGAGAGAAACAGGAGCAGAUAUCUUUAGUCUUAACCGCCCUUGAUGGAGGUGAGCCUCAGUUGUCUGGAACAGUGCAGAUACAAGUCAUUGUAUUAGAUGCGAACGACAAUGCCCCGAUUUUUACGCAGGAGAUAUACAAAGCAACCGUUGUUGAAAAUUCGCCGAAAGGAACCUUGAUGGCAAAAGUCAGCGCAUCUGACGCGGAUAAAGGAUCAAAUAGUCUCGUUAGCUAUUCUUUGUCCAGCAGUACUGAUCUGUUUGAGUUAGACAGCGACAGUGGUGAACUUAGACUCAUUGGUCAAAUCGAUUAUGAAAAAGCUAAACAUUAUCAAAUGUUUAUUGAGGCAAUGGAUGAGGGAGGACUAUCCGAUUCGAGUAAAAUAAUCAUCGAUAUUAUUGACGUCAACGACAACAGUCCCGUUAUUAAUAUAAUGUCAAAGUCUAGUUCAAUAGCUGAGGACUCAAGCCCAAAUAUGGUUAUAGCUAUGAUCAACGUUAACGAUCCGGACUCUGACCACAACGGUCAGGUAAACUGUGGGAUAAAUGAAAAUAUUCCCUUCACCAUUAAAUCUACAUCUAAUAGAUUCUAUAGCCUUGUGACUGACAGUGACUUGGACCGAGAGAGAGUCUCUGAGUAUAACAUCAGUGUGACGUGCUCUGAUGAGGGCGUGCCCUCGCUCUCCAGCAGCGUCACUCUCACCUUACAGAUAUCAGAUGUGAAUGACAACGCGCCUGUCUUUGAGAGGAGCUCAUAUGAGGCCUACAUUAUAGAAAACAACACACCGGGCCUCUCUAUAUUCACAGUGAAAGCUAGAGACGUUGACUGGAACCAAAAUGCCCGUGUUUCUUACAUACUGGAGGACUCCUCGGUUAACGGAGUGCCCGUUUCAUCAUAUGUGUCCGUUAGUGCUGAUAGUGGAAUCAUCCAUGCAGUGCGCUCUUUUGACUACGAGCACAUCAAGCUCUUCCAGUUCCGCGUAAAAGCGCAGGAUGGAGGCUCCCCUCCACUCAGUAGCAAUGUGACUGUGAAAAUAAUGAUCCAGGACCAGAAUGACAACGCGCCUCAGGUUCUGUACCCAGUCCAGACUAGCAGCUCUCUGGUGGCUGAAAUGGUGCCUCGUUCAGCAGAUGUGGGCUAUCUUGUGACUAAAGUGGUGGCUGUUGAUGUGGACUCUGGACAGAAUGCUUGGCUCUCGUAUAAACUGCAGAAAGUGACAGACCGAGCGCUGUUUGAAGUGGGUUUACAGAAUGGGGAAAUAAGAACUAUACGCCAAGUCAAUGACAAAGAUGCUGUGAAACAAAGGCUCACUGUUGUAGUGGAGGACAACGGGCAGCCCUCUCGUUCAGCUAUAGUCAAUGUUAACGUGGCGGUGGCGGACAGCUUCCCUGAAGUGCUCUCGGAGUUCACUGACUUUACGCACGACAAGGAGUACAAUGACAACCUGACUUUUUACUUAGUCUUGGCUUUGGCUGUAGUCUCAUUUCUGUUCAUCACGUGUUUAGUGGUUAUUAUAUCAGUGAAAAUAUACAGAUGGAGACAGUCUCGUGUCCUCUAUCAUUCCAAUCUCCCGGUUAUUCCGUAUUAUCCACCACGUUACGCAGACACUUUGGGGACAGGAACUCUACAGCACGUGUACAAUUACGAGGUGUGCAGGACGACUGACUCCAGAAAGAGUGACUGUCAGUUCGCCAGACCCUGUAGUCAGAACGUACUGAUAAUGGACCCCAGUUCUACAGGGACGAUGCAGCGGAUGCAGAACGAGAAGAACAUCCUGGAUGAACCAGACUCCCCACUAGAGCAAAAGCCUCCGAACGCUGACUGGCGCUUCACACAAGGACAGAGACCUGGACCCAGUGGGGCUGGAGGUCCCCCUGAGAUGGCCAUGGGAACAGGACCCUGGCCCAACCCCCCCACCGAGGCCGAGCAGCUCCAAGCCCUGAUGGCCGCAGCCAACGAAGUGAGCGAGGCGACCGCAACCCUGGGGCCGGGCACCAUGGGACUAAGCACCCGUUACAGCCCCCAGUUCACCCUGCAGCACGUGCCCGACUACCGCCAGAACGUCUACAUCCCUGGCAGCACCGCCACCUUGACCUCCAACCCCCAGCAGCAGCAGCAGCAGCAGCAGAUGGCAGCCCAACAUCAGGCCCUGCAGGCCCAGCCCUCUGAGGCCGCCCCUCAGCCUGAACCCCCCAAGGCUGCCCAGACCCCCGCCUCCAAGAAGAAGUCCACCAAGAAGGAGAAGAAGUAGGAUGGGUGGAGGAUGGAUAGAUAUGGAAAAUACGAUGAGAAAAGAGAAAACCGACCCGAUGAGGACUGAAAUCCCCCCCCCCACCCCUUACGUCUCCUCUCAAUGCGUUUACUCUAAUCAGGGUCUGGAUUCUAUUGGCUACGCUCAUAUGAUAACACGAAAUAUGGAGAUGUUUGCGAAUGUUUGUCUUUGGGCUCUUGAAUCUGGAAUGCGUUUAAGGUUUAAGAGCGAACAGCAUUGACAUUUUUAUUUUUUUUCUGAAAGCUAUCUAGAAACAGUUGUUUUUUUUGGAAAGUCUGUUCUAAAAAAAAAAAACAAGUAUUAACAGUAUUUGCAGAUACGGAAGACUGGGGGUUCAGGGGGGAUUGUGUUUUGGUUAAAUCAAUACAUUUGGAUGCACUUCAGACACAACAGAUUGAGCGUAAACAACUUUGCUCAGAUAACAAGGAUUUGCCCAGUGAUGUAUUCACAGGUGGAUAUUUUAACGAUGUUCCAUAAAAUGUUUCAUGUUGGAUUAUAAUUGUAACUCCUUAUUUUCCUGAGACUGAAAGUAGAUCCUUGUUUGACUUUACUAGAUUGCCAUGAUAAGAUUCCUAUAUAGGAUCAGCCUUAUGGGAUCCUACACCACAGCGCUUUGGGACACGGGAAUGGGCAUUCCAUUGUACUGGUACAGUAGUAUUCCAAUCUGCAUGUCCCUAUGUGUUCAAACCACAGACCUUCCAGAAGAUUCAACUAUGCAUUGAAUUAGUGUUGCAACGAGGACGACCACCUUAAAAAAAUACAGGUCGACAAAUGCCCUCGUAGCGUUUACCUGAUGUGGUAUCUAAAAACUAUAAAUAUUAUUUUGUAAGCGUAGUUAAAUGGUAAGAUUUGAAUCUUUCACUGUUUUUAUGACCUGAGCAUGAACCCUAUUAGAAAACUAGCACCGAGGAGGAGGGGCAUGUUAUAGUACUAUCAGCCCUAUUUUCUGGCUUGUUGGCAUAGUAGGCGCUGCCCCCCUUUUAAAACUACCCAGAUGGGUAUAGAGACCCUCCUGCUGUCCACCCAUGCACCUCUAUCCCCUCCUCAACCAGAUGAUGUGCCCUCCCCUCACUGGCUGUCCCACUUUGAGAGCCAGACCAUAGAGAUGCACUGUUCAUACUAUAAAGAUAAAGUAGAGAUCUUUUCACGGCGUGCUUAGGAGUUAGACACUUCUUAGGCCGCUAGAGUCUAGAUUGAGUGUUCAUCCCUUGCUACGUACCCUGAAGUGCUGAUGACUAUAUUUCUUGACGUGGGAAGUGUUUUUUGAUGACUCAGUAGUAUAAGAUAAGUAUGAAGUCUUUUCUUUGCCACCAGUCCAUCCGUCUGUCCGGCAACUAGCUGGACACCACUGCAUGAAGAGGCAGCUUGCAAGCUGGGUUCAAGGGGGAGUGGAGAGGGGUGGGCUGAGUGGUACGUCUGGGUUUGUACAAUUAGAUUGACGGGGAGGGGGGGCAAUGACCUUGGCUCUACUCACUGAAUGUACACAGGCCCCACUGUUGACCCUCCCUCCUAGUCCACCCCGAAACGUCCUCUAAUGCACUGACCCAGGUUAGAGGUCAACAGAGCCAAGCACAUCCCUCCAUGUCACAGAGGAGAUACCACUUCAGAAGCAGGGAGGAGGGACAGAGUUAGCUCUUCGCUGUAUCUAUCCCCUCAGUGUAAAUCCAUUCUGGCAACGCUAACCUCAGACUCUCCCCUUGCUUCCAUCCCUCCACCCCCUGGUCCUGUGAAGGCUCUCCCCUUGCUUCCAUCCCUCCACCCCCUGGUCCUGUGAAGGCUCUUCCCCUCUGUAAAUAAACACUAGUCCUGUCGAUGGUAUGAGCCAAUUGUUUGUAUAGUACGGACCACAUCCAGAAUUUUCAAACUAAAAGUCCUCUCUCCUCAAGGCGUGGCUUACUGGAAUGUGUUGUAUUUGUUUUACAAGAAAAAUAAGAAAACCACAGCGGGGGAAAAAAAAAACGAUCUCUGAAAUGUUCUUCAACAGUUUGUGUUGCAAUGUAGUAACUAAGCACCAUGAAGGCCAACUAACUAACUCUUCAGUGUAAAUAUAAAGAAAGUUGCUAAUAACUUUAGACGAUAAGUAAACAGAGUGACACACACGUAGACUAGUUAACUUGUGAUAUGUGUUGCGCAUAUUAUUGUGUUCAUUUUCUCUCUCUCUAUUUUACUACCCUGUAAAAGAAACUAAACAAAAAAAAAGUAUAUUGAAAAAAAUGUUUCUAUCCUUCUGUAACUUUUUUUUCUGUGCUUUAUCUUGUGCAUUUGCGCAAGAAUGCCUCUGUCCAUAUGAGCAAAUUAUUAUAAAUAUGUGUGUGUGUGUACGUCCGUCCGCUGCUGAAUUAAUCCUCUCUCGUGCUGUAAUAUCUUUCUUAUGAAAUGCUUAGACCUCCUACGCUCCUCCCGGUGUUUAGUCUCUUCAUUUUUAUGCUAAUAUUUAUAUUGCUGUUUUAUUUUCUCUUGAACACUGACAUUUCAAAUAAAAGGCUCUGAAAUCA